AUGAUCUCGACACUCGCUCUGCUCUCAAUCUUGACUAUCACCUCAGCAUCCCCUCUAAGCACCCGGGAAGAGCACAAAAGUGUUCUCCUCAAGAACAAAGCCGAUGACACUUGUCUUUACAUCCCUCCCGGGGUACUCAACGGAGGCUGUAAAGCAGUGCACACUCAAUCAUGUCCUGGUGGAAAUGAUCCUGUCUUCUUGUGGGAUAUCAACAUGGGAAAAUCGGGAGCAAUUCGAUCUUCGCAAUUAUCUUUCAACCUGCAAGCUGAUCCUAACGAUUUGACGAACGGGGUGAACCUCAUUACCGCCGAGAAACCGAAAGAAGGAUCUAACCUACAACAAUGGACCGUAAUGGAGAACGGCACAAUCUUUUACUCCGAUCACGCCAGCACAGAAAAGGCACAGCGAUGUCUGUCCUUUUUCGAUCCGGAGGUGAUCAUAUCCCCAUGUAUGGAGGAGUCCAACGAGGAAGCGUCGAAACAGAUCUGGUCGAUCGAGGACCCCUGA